UCACAUCUAACUGAAAGGUAAGACACCUGCUGCACUGCUUUUCAUUCAGUGGAGCCCAUGGCUGUGCUCUCCCUCUGUGUGUUUAUUGGUGUUUUUUUCUUCUCCACACAGAACGAUCAGUUGAUCAUCACCAUGAAGACUGUCCUGGUCCUCUCCAUACUUUUCUGUGCUUCAUUUGCAGCUCCGGCUGAAGACAAAGGGAAGGCUCCAGCAGCACUUGUGUCUGAGGAGGCAGAUCCUGACUCUCGUUUUAAUUUUUGUCCAAAUGGUUGGUACAGACAUGAAUCUCGCUGCUUCCUGUUCAGCCAAGCCGCCAUGUCAUGGCACAGAGCUGAGGAGUACUGCAACAGCCUGGGUGCCAACCUGGCCUCGGUUACCAACCCCAGAGAGUACAGCUUCCUCCAGCAGAUAACACAGAAUGCCCGUCAGAGCUUUGCAUGGCUGGGAGGCUUCCAGCUGCAGGGCCAGUGGAUGUGGAUUGACCGUGAGGGUUUCUAUUACACCAACUGGUAUAGCCAGUCCAGCUCCAGCAGCCACCUUUGCAUCUUCUUACGCAGCAGCAAUGGUUGGAGUAACACCCCAUGUAGCGCUACUUACCACUUUAUCUGCUCCAAAAGCCCUUUCAGAUGUUAA